AAUAAAUGAACUAUAUAAAGCAUAUCAAUAAUAAAUAAACAUAUAAAUCCAUAGAUUUUUGUCCAGGCGAGAAGACCAGCAGUUUCCACGGCAACGGAGGAGGAGUUUGAACUCUGGCUCGUGACGACAUGGACGGAAAUGCGGAACCAGGAAGUUGAAUAGUACCGAUUUGAGGCGUCUUUUUAAUAUCCCUACCUGCAUUCGGAUCAAUUCCGCCUUCCGCGCUACACAGUUGGCUAGCCCUGGCAGUGCUCUGAUUGGACAAUUGUCUCUGGCGACGGACUGUUAGCGUAUCGUAGAGCUAGAAGCCGGGAUUACUUCUAGCCAAUCCCAGAGCAGAAGGCGGGACUUGAACGAAUAUGGGUGGGGGAAAUGAUAACGCCUUGUGUUUCGGACUGUCUCGUUAUUAGGCUGUAAGUUGAAUUGUUGUGGGGCAAAUAAAAAGAUUUUGUGGCGUGGAAAACACGAGUUUAAAGGCAAGGAAAGGACGCGAGGUAAAUGAUAUCGUGUCAGGUAUGUUCGCAGUGUGGAAAUGAUGAUUUAAAGGUUGGUUGCUUGUGUUAUGUUGGAGAUGCUUCUGAUGCCAUGGCCUAAGUGAGGAACCAUGCACAUUAAACUGGACCUAUUUACUUUAUUUCCAUUGAUGUGCUGGUAACGUUUGGCUUUUCACUAACAUGACUAUUCUAAAUGAUGUAACACUCAUGAUCCACCCCUGAUCAAGCCAUGAACCCGUGAUCUUUGAAGUUUUCCACAGUAUUUAGUCAUUAAACAUCAUUAACCCCCCCGUCCCCCCGUCCGUCCGUCCGUCCGUCAGAAUGUCACUGGGCGAGCAGUCGCAGAAAUGGUUCCCCACGCAUGUCCAAGUGACCGUCCUUCAAGCCGCAGGGCUCCAGGCGAAGGGCAAGAACGGCACCAACGAUGCCUACACGAUCAUCCAGCUCGGGAAGGAGAAAUACUCCACGUCGGUGGCAGAGAAGACGCUGAGCCCCAUGUGGAAAGAGGAGGCUUCGUUUGAGCUGCCAGGGCUGCUGGUGGAGGGCAACCCCGAGGUUUAUGAGCUGUGUCUCAUAGUGAUGCACAGGUCUCUGGUCGGGAUGGACAAAUUUCUGGGCCAGAAAACCGUCAGCCUGAACGAGGUGUUCGACAACAAGGAAAGAAAGAAGAUCAACUGGUACACCCUGGAUUCCCGUCCGGGCAAAAAGAAAAAAGAGCGAGGGAAGAUCCAGGUGAGCAUCCAGUUCAUGAGGAACAACAUGACGGCCAGCAUGUUCGACCUGUCCAUGCGCGACAAGCCGCGCUCACCGUUCUCCAAGCUCAAGGACAAGGUGAAGGGUCGUAAGCACGACUCGGACACCUCUUCAGCCAUCUUGCCUCGUUCGGCGCAGUGCGAUGCUGAAUCCCAGCUUCCUCAACAUGUCUCCGACCAGAAACCUCCGCACAAGACUAGUACGCUGGAGCCCAAACCCAAACGCUCACUCCUCCCCGGGACUCAGAAACUCUCAGCUGCGCACUCCAUGUCCGAUCUAGUAGGAACAAACUUCAGGCCCAAGGCGGACUCUGUAAACUCCAUGGAGGAGAGCGGUGGCACUCCUCCUCACCGCCGCUCUCAGAGCGAGAUGCCUGGUUACCAGGAUGGCGAGACGGCGGGAGACCCGUUCCCGGAAAUGCCGCAGAAAUUCGCCACGCUCCCGCGCAACCGCAACCCCUUCGAGUCGGACCAGGGGCAGCUGUGGGACAAGAAGGAGAAGAAGGAGAAGGUCAGUUUGCUGGAGCGCGUGACAGGAAAGAAGGAAGGGAAGAAGACGAGCAACGGAGGGCGAGCAGGAAGUUCAGGGGACCUUCGCUCCCCAAAUCCUUUCACCACUGAAAGUGAUACGAACCCCUUCCUUCCACAUCACAUGCCCAGCGAUCAGGCGAAAAAAACCAUCAGCAGUGAAGACUUGAGUAAGAAAACCGUUUCCCCGGAGAAAAAACGAGGAAAUAAGACUGGGGCCGAUCAGCUCCAGAGCGGCAUGGCGGCGUACGGCACCCUGUCGUUCGAGGAGGUUGUGCAGGAGCUGAUCAAGCAGAAGGAGGUGGUCAAGAAGAAGGACGCGCACAUCCGCGAGCUGGAGGACUACAUCGACAACCUGCUAGUCCGAGUCAUGGAGGAGACGCCGAGCAUCCUGAGGACGCCGUACGAGCCGAAGAGGAAAGCGGGCAAGAUCUCCAAGAAGUAGAUGUAGAACUUAAAAACGGUACAAGUGGUGUUACAAGGAAAGUUACAACUAGCGAUUCUGAUUAACGGCGGUCGUGUAAUCACACAUUAAUCUUAGUUUACAUGUUAAUCAGAAUUCGGUGACCCGAGAUUGUAUCUUUUUAAAAAUGGGUGACCGAUUGAAGGUCUUCUGUGCCAAUGCCAAACACUGGCUAAGAGCUUUUUUAUUAUGUCGUCUCUUGUUUAUACACUGAUAUUUGUAAAUACGUUGUUCUGUCAUUUGUGUGGCGGUGUAGGAGAACUCAUUGGAUGCCACUGUUGCCAAAAAGCGUCAAGAUCCGUCUUUUAAAAAAUACUUUAACAUGGAAAUGUUUUUAUUUACUUUUUAAGCUUGCCUAGGAUUUCUGCAAAGAUCAUGUUUAACAGACACCAUGGUACAAAAAGUCUGCGUAAAGGCAUCGCUGGCUAAAACCGUGCUAGCUGAGGGUGAUGUCCUCAUACGGUGAACGGUGUGCUUUGAGCAAGCUGUUGGAUAGCUACAUGUCGUAGCGAAAUGGACAGAAUCCUAAUCGAUUCAGUUGACUAGCGGCUGUCGAUGUCCCUGUGCUACAGUCAGAGUCUAAAUCUUUACAAAUAAUUUCUCCUUUUUCAUAUAAAAUAUCUAUUGACCAGGCUGCCACAC